AUGGCGAUGCUGACGGAACAUCCGAUCUUACCCUCCUCCACCUCACCAAUGCCGACCAUGUACGAACAAGACAUAGAUAGCUUCAUCAACCUCGACCAACUCACCUACACAUCCGCAGAACCCGCUCGUCCGAAAGCGACUUUAGUCAGCCAGCCAGCUCUUUCCAGCGCAGAUCUCAGCGCCAACAACGUACAAAGCGCGGGCUUUGCCGCCAACACCCAUUCACCCAUCGCUUUUCAAGGUCCUAGCCACCAAUAUGACGAGCACAAGCAGCAGACCGGUCUGCCGCCAGGGGCGCUGGCCCAUGCAAUGAACUUCAACCAGAUGGCCGGCAUGGGAUUCGGGACGACAGCGACUCCUGCCUUCCCCAUGAAUGGCGAUGUGUUUGCCAGCAGCCACAUGAAGCGCGAGGACACUUCCUUCGAUUUCAACAACAUGUCUUCCCGCAACCCUUCCGAAAUGGACCUGGAGUCUGACGGCAUGGGUGCGGUUCCUUACUACUUUUCACCGAACCCCAGCAAGAGCCAAUUCGUUGAUCCGAACGCCCUUGGAGGACAUGAGGUUGUUCCCGCCGGCCCUUCCACCCAGGUCGGUCGCAUGUAUCCGGGAAUGCACCAGCAACAAGCCGCGAUAGCGAAGGCUGCCCAACAACAGAAACAGCAUGAAUUGCUUCGCCAGCAGCAGCAGCAGCAGGAACAGCUUCAGCAGCGCCGGGUAGAAGAGCAGAUGCAACAGACGACAAUUCCCCCGGGCCUUCCACAGAACCAGGCUCCUCCCGUCACCAAUCAUGUUGUCGAAGAACGUAUCUCCCGCUUACUGCAGCAAAUGAGACAGAAUGCGAUGGGCACUCUGGACGACUCACCUUCGCCUUCGUCGUCACUGCCCCAAAUGGCGAAACUCAAGAAAGAUGAACAGGACAUGGAUGAAGAUGAGAGGUUGCUGGCCAGUGAGGAAGGGAAGAAGUUGAGCAGCAAGGAACGUCGGCAGCUGCGCAACAAGGUUUCCGCCCGCGCUUUCCGAUCUCGCCGGAAGGAAUACAUCGGCCAGCUGGAAUCAGAGGUCGCGGCGCGGACUAAUGAGGCACAUGAAUUACGUCUUCAAAACCGUGUACUCUUUGAGGAAAACGCUCGUCUCACCGACCUCGCCCGCAUGCUCCUGUCUUCUCCACAAUUCUCCCACUUCUUGGACGACAUGGGUGUCAAUGGCAUGCCUGUCCCGGCUGUGGCUCAGUCUCAACCCCAGGCUCCUCAACCACAGCAACAUCAGCAGCAACAACAACAACAACAACAACAACAACAACAACAACAACAACCACAAGCUGUGCCUCAGCCAUCCUUGCAAACUACCAUUCCUAGCGAGGCCAUUCCGGCCCACAGCCUUCCCAUGGCUCAGAAUCCCCAGGUUGGCAUGGUCAUGGUUCCCAACCCAGCGAUGGAUGUUUCUGCUCUCGGCAUGAACAAUGGUGCGUGGAACACGGGUAUCGACAUGACCUAUGCCAACACACCUGUCUUUGCUGUCCUGGAGGUUCCCGAGGGUCCUGCUCUCGACUCCGACAUUCUGUCAGGGAAGACAUCGACCUUGUUGAAUACAUCUUUGCCAGAGAUGUCUUCCGCGAAGGACGAGAUCCCUGUCAUUGAACGGUCACCAGUCAUGGAAGUGCAGAAAGAGGAGGCCUCCGUCGGCGUCGAGAAUCUGGAUGUCGACUUCGACGAGUCAGAUCCCGCUUAUGCCCUCUUCGCCGACGUGCCUGCCACUCACAUGACUCCUACCUCCUCCCUGGAGUUCCCCUGCGCCCUUCAAUCCGAAAAGUCUACCCCUACGUUUGAGCUGGUCGUCGCGGACGAGGCCAAGGCUACGGCGACCCGCUUUGUUUUACUUUGCAACAGUAUGGAGGCCGCCUUCCAACGCGUCUCCAUGAUGACUUCCCAUCUUUCGUGA